AAUUGACUCAUAUAAAUACUAAUAAUUAAAAAGUUUUUAUAAAAUUAAAUUAUUAAAAUCUUGCAAAUAAAAAUUGAAAGCUAUCCUAUACAAUAGUCGAUUUAUACCAGUGUCGUAGUUACAAGUAGCGAUGUUUAUCGAAAUUGAAAACAAACCUAAAAGUUUACGCAGUAUUGUAAUCCUUUUCAAAAUAAAAAAUUGAAACCAUGACCGAAAGACUGAAAGGAAAAUUCGGUUUACUGAAAAAGGUCGCGGUGAAAGUGGAGGAUCCGGAUGAAUAUUUAGGUCCCGACGACCCGAGAUGUCAACCAAAAAAAGAAGAUGAUCCGAUUGAAUUUUCAACCCCCGGAAAUGAUCCGAGAUUCCAGCAGCAGAACCAAACGCUUCGCUGUUACGUGAGCUAUUCGGAUUUUUACCAAUGCGAGCACAUACUUGGCGAGGGUGCCGAGGCUUGCCAGUGGUUCAAACGAGUCUUUACGUCUAUUUGUCCGAUGGCUUGGGUCGAACGAUGGGACGAAUACCGCUUGGAGCAGCGUAUGCCCUGGUUCAAGCAUGGCGUUUUUCCCGAUGCCCCGUACGGCAAACGGGGAUGAGAUCGGCAGAUCGUUAUGAAGAGCUGGUCAGUUAAUUAUUGGAAAUAAAUUGUUUUGCUUUGGUUCAUUGACAUUUUUGUAUUGAUUUGAUAAAGGAAAAAUGUAGGAUAAUUGGAUUUUUAAUGGAUUAUCGAAUAAACAACAUCAGUUUU